UCAAUCAAAUAUACUACGGAUCACAUUUCACCUAGUAAAUGACUACCGAAAUAAACUGGAUUUCUAACAGUUGUAUAUUAGUAUUUAAUUCAAAAUUUGUCCACCCCCACCCCCACCCUCACUCUAUCUGAUCGGGAUCGGAGAUCUGAAUUCUCCUUACUUCGCCGGAGCUCCGAUCUCCGAUAGUGAGAAUGAUCACCAUUCCAUAUCUGACUGCGUUGACCACCUAUUUCAGCUACGGCUUGCUCUUUGCAUUUGGCCAAUUUCGUGAUUUCUUCAGAAAAAUCUUCGAUUGGUGGCACGCUAGUAAUCUACAGGGAUAUGCACCUAUCUGCUUAGGACUUGAAGAUUUCUAUAUCCGUCGGUUGUAUCUUCGCAUUCAGGAUUGUUUUGGAAGGCCAAUAUGCAGUCCUCCUGAUGCUUGGUUUGAUGUAGUGGAGCGUGUGUCCAAUGAUAAUAACAAGACACUGAAGCGGACCACAAAAGUUUCAAGGUGCCUGAACUUGGGGUCAUAUAAUUACCUUGGUUUUGCGGCCUCUGAUGAAUACUGUACCCCACGUGUCAUUGAAUCUUUGAAAAGAUUUUCUCCAAGCACAUGCAGUACCCGUGUUGAUGGAGGCACCACAACACUACAUAGUGAAUUGGAAGAAUGUGUGGCUAAUUUUGUUGGAAAACCAGCUGCUAUUGUUUUUGGUAUGGGUUAUGUGACAAAUUCGGCUAUUCUUCCUGUCUUAAUUGGAAAGGGAGGUUUGAUCAUCAGUGAUUCUCUGAACCACAACUCUAUUGUAAAUGGUGCUCGAGGUUCUGGAGCCACCAUUCGUGUUUUUCAACACAACACACCAUCACACUUGGAGAAUGUUUUGAGAGAACAUAUUGCUGAGGGACAACCCAGAACACACAGGCCAUGGAAGAAGAUAAUCGUUGUGGUCGAGGGCAUAUACAGUAUGGAAGGGGAGCUUUGCCAACUCCCGGAGAUUGUUGCCAUAUGCAAGAAGUACAAGGCAUAUGUGUAUCUGGAUGAAGCUCAUAGCAUUGGAGCAGUUGGAAGAACUGGAAGGGGAGUCUGUGAGCUCUUAGGAGUUGACACUGCAGAUGUGGAGAUUAUGAUGGGAACUUUUACAAAGUCGUUUGGAUCAUGUGGGGGUUAUAUUGCAGGAUCAAAGGAACUUAUUGAAUAUCUGAAGUACACUUGCCCAGCUCAUCUCUAUGCCACAUCAAUAUCACCGCCAGCUGCCCAACAAAUAAUUUCUUCCAUCAAGGUUAUACUCGGUGAAGAUGGUUCUAAUAGAGGGGCUCAGAAGCUAGCGCACAUACGUGAAAAUAGCAACUUUUUCCGCUCUGAAUUGCAGAAGAUGGGCUUUGAGGUUCUGGGGGAUAAUGAUUCCCCUGUCAUGCCCAUUAUGCUCUAUAAUCCAGCAAAAAUACCUGCUUUUUCACGGGAGUGUCUCAAACGAAAUGUGGCAGUAGUGACAGUUGCUUUUCCAGCUACUCCUUUACUUUUGGCCAGGGCACGGAUUUGCAUUUCUGCUGCUCACUCGAGGGAUGAUCUUAUUAAAGCGCUUGAGGUUAUCAGCGAAGUUGGUGAUCUAGUGGGCAUAAAAUACUUUCCUGCUGAGCUAUACAAAGAGCGGCUGGAAGAAAACAGAGUCAAGCUAGAAUGAGUGAAAUUUAGCCCACUGGGUUAAAGGGGGACAUUAUUUUGAGUGGCCUAAAAGGUCAUACUAUGCAAAUCAUCCCCCCUGGGAAAGUAAAAGUUGCUGCUGUGCAAUGAUUUUUCAAAGGAUUCCUUAGGCAUUUUAUGCUCAGACUUAUUGCUUUGCUUCUCAUUCAAAGAGUGAACAAACUUGAUACAAGCCAAAUCAACAUCAACCUUUCUCGACUUGUAUUUCAAGAGCGACUACAAAGGAUCAUAAGGCCACAAGGAUAUGUGUGGAGGGUCCAUUUCAAGCUCCAAGUAGAGCAAAAUCACAUGUGGGAGAUAGCUUGUAGUCAAGGGAGCCAUUGGAGGGAUCGUCAGGAAGAUAAGAGGAGCUAAACGACGACCUGGAGCCACCUGCGCGCUGCGUGGGCAUGUGGGUCUUAAGCGGCCAGCUUGCUCUCUUUUAUGGAAUUGGGUCACUUUUGAGCCAUAUGUGUAAUAAAUGGUCCAUGACUAUAAAUAUUAGGACUUAUUUUCAUUUUUUUACUUAGUUUAUUGAUAAUAUUGAUUGUGAGACUUCUAUGGAGCUUGGAAAAGUUUUUGUUGAUUAUUAUUGAUGAAUACACUUGACAGUAUUUAUUACAUUGAAAUAUUAUUCUA